AUGGCCGCCGACGACGACUCCAUCCUCCUCCAUCCAGACGCACUCCACUGCCUCAAGCGCAAGCAGCUCGUCAGCCUCUGCAGGAGGCUCGACAUCAAGGCAAACGGCAAGAGCGCUGACCUCAUACACAGGCUCCAGCACUUUGCAGCAGCAAACAUCAGCCCAAACAGCCCAACCAGGGGCAACCUCGCCCUCCUCCGCCACGUAAAGCGCUCCAGGCCCAGCUACCAGGAAGCGCCAGACUCGGACGACGACGACGCCGACAACCUCGCCACAAGCCCCACCGCCCACCCGCUCCGCCAUCGUCGCUCACCAUCCCCCUCGCAACCACCCCGUCCGCCGCCCCCAGCCCCGGACGCUGCAGCAGAAAUCAUCGCCAUCCCCUCGUCUUCUCAGCACUCCGAGCCCUCCCAGAGCCUGCGUCGCUCACCGAGGAAGCGCAAUAUCAACAGCAGCAUCGCCAUGCACUCCGACCCUCCCGCCCCUUUCCAGCCAACACAGCCCCUCCGACAAUCGACAAAGGGCCCUCGCCCCUUUGCUUCAGAUCCCGUCGCUUCCAGCUCAAAGGCCGGUCACAGGCCCUCGUCGGCCCAGGCCCAGGUCGCAGACCUCUCUCUCGACAUCGACCGCAUGCUCAGGGACAUCCACAGCCCGGAGCCAGCCGAGCCCGACGUCCAGGACUGCUCCAUGGACGUCCAAGGGCAGACCCCUACCCUACAGGUCUCGGCCGCGGCGCAACAGCAGCCGCAGCAGCCGCCUCUGGAACCCUUCAUGGCCGAGUUUGGCUCCAUGGCCGCCAUGGACAUUGUCGGCGAGGCUUCCCGGCCCGCCUCGGCAUCGGUCCAGAGCAAAGCCUCUUCCACCUCGUCGCCCUGGAAGACCUUGAGCGGCAGCCUCAAGGGUCUCAAAAACGGGCUGCAGCGCAUGGGCUCGCUCUCCAAGGGCGGCGGGCCGAAAAAGGCUGCCGGCGAGAAGAGGCGCAGGGAGGAUGUCGACGUCGGCUCCAAGCACGACCAGGACUCGAGCAGCAGCGCGCAGGACCUCGCCGACGAGCCAGCAGACUGCUCCAUGCCGGGCGCCUUUGAUGGCUCGAUGCUGGCAAGCGACGGCGCCGAUGCCGAAGCGGCCGCUGCAGAUGGAAACGGUGCCGACGACCAGAGGGUGGGAGCUGGGAGCCAGACGCAGCCUCUGCGCAUCAUCAAGCCUCGACCCUCGCGCUCGCGUGCGUCGCUUGCGCCCUCUGGGCUCUCGAUGGUCGCAGCAUCGCCCUCGAAGCUCUACCCGGACCUCUCCAGGCUCGCCUCGAGCCCGGCCGGCCCACGGACCGCGCCCACAACUGCCUCGGCAGCGCUGCCAUCGAUGCCCUCGAUCACCAACCACCAGUUUACGGCAGCCACGGAGUCGAUCCUGGCCGACCUGAACGCCAGGCUCGCAGCAAAGGGCCUCUCGACGACGUCGCUCUCGACGCUUGGCGGCGUGGGGCAGUGGGGCGGCUCGACAACGUCCCUCGGCGACCUGGGCCUCUCCAAGGGCAAGUCGACGCGCUUCGACGACGACCACGAGAGGCAGUUUGGCAGGAUGGACUCGAUCGCAAACCACUAUGCGGCCAAGCGCAGCAGGCAGGCAGAGGCGGGCAGCGUGACGCCGUCGGCCUCUGGCGUUGAUGGCCGGAUCGUCCCGCCUCCGCCAAGGUCGGCCAAGCACCCCGCCAGGAUAGUUUCCGGUCCGUCGUCGUCGAGCCUGGCCGCAAGCUCCGGCGCCCAACGAGGUGCUGCAAUGAGCACCGCGACGUCUUCGAAGCGCAUCCGCGUCUCGGAGGAUCCAAACCGGCCGGGACUGCGCCCCUCGGCGUCGGGCCGACUGGCGGCAGCGCCGACCAUGCAGCGCAGCACGACGGCUACGUCGGUCUCGUCGCUGGCCCAGCGCGAGCUGCACAAGAAGCGGCUCGAACUGGCGCGCCAGCGCCGGCUGAGCAAGGGCGGCGCUACGGGCACUGCAUCGAAGACGGCAGGCGCAGCGGCCAAGGACCGCGGGCGCCUCGAAAGGAUCAAGAUGGGCAUCAGAGGUAUGCUCCACGGCGGCUCCGGGGGCGCCUCUGCAGCGCCAGCAGGCGGAGCAGCCAACACGGAUGGAUCGGCGGUCACCAAGAGGGUCGAUGCUGGCAGCAUCGGCAGCACCAAGUCGGCCGUCUCUGCCGCCAGCGCAGCAUCGGCCUCGUCGACCAAGACGUCGGGAGGCACCCUUGCCAAGAAGAAGCCCGGCUUCGACCUCAAGGCCAGCCUGUCCAGGAAGCCCUCGACGCUGCGUGCGCCGUCGACGGCAGCACCCUCGGCGCCCAACGCAGCCGAUCGAGGUGUCAGCCAGGCGGUGACUCGACCGUCGACGGCUACGGCCAUGGCCGAUCGCCUGCGCACGCAGGGAUGGACUGGAUCGAGUUCGGCCACCCUUCCCGCCGCCCGACAGCACCGCCCCACGUCGUCUUCUGCGCGCGAGUUUGGCAGCGUGCGCACCAACACGUCGACGUCGACGACGACGGCGUCGGCGGCGGCGGCAGCAGCAGCAGCGACAGCAGCGACGAGGGGCAUCGUCGGCAGCGGCAGCACGACGAGCGUAUCGGGCGACGCGCAGAAAAAGACGCUGCUCAAGGCAGCCAAGCCGGUGGCGGGGGCCGUCAAGCGGGCGCGCGUGCAGCCCGACCGCCUGCUGCAGCGCAAGAGGGAGGCGAUCGCGCAGGCGGCGGUGCGCACCACGAUGCUGGCCAGCUCGUCGUCGAUGGACCUCGCCCGCAAAUUGGCGGCAUCGGCAACUGCGGAUGACGAAGGCCGGACCGGGGUGAGGCAGCGGACGUUGCCUUCCGUCGGCAGCGGUAGCGUCAACGGUCUCGGAGGUGGUGGUAGUGCCGCGGUGGGCGCGGUUACGAUGCAGGCAGGCUCGACGGCGCCGCGCAAAAUCUCGACACGAACCCUGUCGAACGCCUCUUGCGCACGCGGCAGCACCAGCAUCGCCAGCGCAUCGACCUCGACCGGCUAUCCCGGCAACGUCAAUACGACGACCACGAUCGUCGGAGGAGGAGGGGGAGGGGGGGCGACGACGACGACGACGGGCAAGAGUGUAGCGGAGCAGAUGCGUACCGCGCGUCUUGCCGAACUGCGGGCGCGCAACCGCGCCACGGAAGCCGGCAUCGGACUGGGCCGAACCACGCCGUCGCCCACCAAACCCUCUGCCUCAUCGACGAUGGGUGGUGCGGGUGGUGGAGGGGGUAUAACGGCGUCGAAUCGGUAUACGCUUCUUUGCAACUCGCCCUCGAAACUCGCCGCGGGCGCCGGCGCACCUACCUUGACGCCUCGUAGCUCUUCGCUGCGCAACCUCAGGAGGAUGAUGCGCAAUCCCCCGCACCCUCCCUCGUCGUCCUCCUCUGCUGCUGCGACAGGAGCAGCGACGACGAGGGGCGCGUCGAAUGGGUUGAGAAACAUGUUCGUACCACCCAACGCACCCACGUCGACGGACGGUGCCGCUGCCGCCGACGCUGCCGCUGCCCGUGGUGGGGGCAUCCGACUCGUCAAGAGCUACGAACGCAGCCCCGUCCCUACCCCCACGGCAUCGCCUACAAAGGUCGAGACGGAUAUGAUCCUCUGCUGA